AUGCUCAGCAGGCUAACUAUAUUAAAUGCAUUUUCACUUAUGCUUCCAACUUACAAUGAGUUAGCAGGUAACCCCUUGAAAAAUCAAGGAACAUCUGAACUGUCUGUAAUCAGCAGCACCAAAGCAAAUCCAGAAAGAACCUUUGACUUGGUAUUAAAAGUGAAAUGUCAUGCCUCUGAAAAAGAAGAUCCUGUGGUAUUGUGGAAAUUCCCUGAGGACUUUGGAGAUCAGGAAGUACUGCAGAGUGUGCCAAAGUUCUGUUUCCCCUUUGACGUUGAAAGGGUGUCUCAAAAUCAAGUUGGACAGCACUUUACCUUUGUAUUGACUGACAUUGAAAGUAAACAGAGAUUUGGAUUCUGCAGGCUCACAUCAGGAGGCAAAAUUUGUUUAUGCAUCCUUAGUUACCUGCCAUGGUUUGAAGUAUACUACAAGCUACUAAAUACUCUGGCAGAUUACUUGGCUAAGGAAUUGGAAAAUGAUUUGAAUGAAACACUCAAAUCACUGUAUAAUCACCCAGUACCAAAAGCAAAUACUUCCGUCAGUUUGAGUAUGAAUCAAGAGAUAUUUAUUGCCAGUGAGCAAAUUCUGAAAGAUCAGCUUUCACUAAUACCGCAUUCCUACUUCAUUGCCCCUGAUAUAACUGGACUCCCGACAAUACCUGAGAGUAGAAAUCUUACAGAAUAUUUUGUUGCUGUGGAUGUGAACAAUAUGCUGCAACUGUACGCUAGUAUGCUGCAUGAGAGGCGCAUCAUUAUUACUGCUAGCAAAUUAAGCACUUUAACUGCCUGUCUCCAUGGAUCGGCUGCUCUGCUCUAUCCAAUGUACUGGCAACAUAUAUACAUCCCAGUGCUUCCUCCGCACCUGCUGGACUAUUGCUGUGCCCCAAUGCCGUACCUGAUUGGAGUACACGCCAGCCUCCUGGAGAGAGUGAAAAAUAAAUCAUUGGAAGAUGUGGUUGUGUUAAACGUUGAUACAAACACGUUGGAAUCCCCAUUUAAUGACCUGAGCAGCCUGCCAAUUGAUGUGGUCUCGGCCUUGAAAAAUAAACUGAGGAAGCAGUCUACGGCUACGGGUGAUGGAGUGGCCAGGGCCUUUCUUAGGGCACAAGCUGCUUUGUUUGGAUCCUACAGAGAUGCACUGAGAUACAAACCUGGUGAACCCAUCACUUUCUGUGAGGAGAGUUUUAUAAAGCACCGCUCCAGCGUGAUGAAACAGUUCUUGCAAUCAGCAGUUAACCUUCAACUUUUUAAGCAGUUUAUUGAUGGUCGACUGGCAAAACUAAAUGCGGGAAGGGGUUUCUCUGAUCUGUUUGAAGAAGAGAUCACGUCAGGUGGCUUUUGUGGAGGGAAUCCAAGGUCAUAUCAGCAGUGGAUGCAUACAGUUAAGAAGGGAGGUGCAUUAUUCAACACAGCAGUGACCAAAGCAACUCCUGCUGUACGGACAGCAUAUAAAUUUGCAAAAAUUCAUGCAAAACUGGGAAUAAAGGAAGUGAAGAGUAAGCUAAAACACAAGGAAAAUGAAGAUUGUAGUGCCUGUUCAGGAGCUGCACAAUGUACACCAGCUUACAUGUCACACAGUGAGAAGGGAUCAAGCCUGGAAGAGCAUACACUUGCCCAGGCACGCUUGAAGAAGUCUCUCCAGAGCUUGGAUGGUGCCCUGGACGACGACGAUGCGGAGAAGGCAAGCAAGUUAUCUUUUGAAGAUGGCGAAGAAGCUUCUGCGUAUUACUAUGAAAGUGAUGAUUCUGUUGAAACAAGAAUGAAGGCUCCUUAUUCAGGAGAAAUGGACUUAUUAGGAGAGAUCCUUGAUACGUUGAGUACACACAGCUCAGAUCAAGGAAAACUGGCCGCUGCAAAGAGCUUGGAUUUCUUUAGAUCGAUGGAUGAUAUUGAUUACAAACCUACGAAUAAGUCCAAUGCUCCUAGUGAGAAUAACCUGGCCCUCUUCUGUGGUGCCUCUGGGGAUCAGGCAGAGUGGAAUCUCGGGCAGGACGAUAGCGCCCUCCACGGCAGACACCUCCCUCCAUCUCCCAAGAAGCAGGUUUCCUCUGGCAGCUUGACAGAGUCUCUCUUUAUCUUGAAGGAGGAAAACAGUGAUAAAUGCCUCAGUGCUGACAAUGUUUGUGGCCCCAAUGUGAUGGAAAACGCAGGUUCUACUUCAGGGUUGCCUUCCCAGCUAGCUCCCACUAAAGUUUCCCAAACUCAUAAAGGAGAAACAGAAAAGAAGGAAACACUAAGCCAGAUUUCAGAUGAUCUGUUGAUGCCCAGCCUUGGGAGAUGUCCAUCUACUUUUGUUCCUUGGGAGAAAGAGGGGAGAGAAGUGAAUAAGAAUUCUGAAGACCUUGGACUGCUCCAUGAAGUAGCGUCAUUGUGUCACAUGUCGUCUGACUCUGGGCAAGGCUCAAACAUUUCCAAAGGAAGUGCAAGUGGAAACCAAACUUAAGGCACCAGUGAAGGAUCUAUCACUUGCGUCCAAACUUCCAGGGAGCAUUUGAGGAGUCCCUGUAAUCUAUAUAGUAGACAGAAUAAUCUGAAAAGAUGACAACUCUUUCUGCUAUUUAUUUAUGUUUUUUUUCAUUUGGAAGAAACUUUCCCCCACUUGUUCAUCUCUGGAGUAUAUGUUAUCCACUGAUUUUUAAUUGUAAGGUGGAUCCUACUGUGCUGUUAAAUCAGGUACUAGUAUGUAUGCAUGUUGCAAGGAUAUGUUGAACUUAAGAUUUCCCAGUAAUUGGUGCUUAAUGCCAUUCGUCCUAUUUAAAGUAAGUAAGCAAAGAUAAUCCUUACACAUAACCAGUAGCUACUGUGUUACUCUGGUUGAGCAUGAACUGAUCAAGAUAUCACAGUUUAUCAAAACUAGCCUGACUGAUGAAACUGUUAACCCACUAAUUGCCUUAACCUUAACGCUCUAUCAACCAUACUUAAAUAACUUAAGAAGUUACAUAUAGAGUUUGACAAAGAAGUUAUUUUGUUUUGCAGAGCAAUAAUACCUUUUUCUACUCAUCAAAUUAAGGUUGAACUUAAUUUUUCUCAAGGUGUAUAGCUCUCUUGUGGAAAUACUUGCUUUUAUAAGAAUACUGCAGUCAUGUUUCUCAAAAAGUUAGAAGGUAUAAAUUUACCUUUCACUCAGUGACACAUGAAGUGCUUAGUUGCAGUGUGAAUUUAUUGACUUCUGUUUACAAAGGAGACCUUUAAAAAUGUGUGUGGUCUCUAUGCCUUUGCUAUCUGGGGUCCUCCUCGAGGAAGCCACCUGCAGCAUGAACUGUCCUGACAAUGUAUUUUCCGUCUUUUUUCCUGAAUUAAUAAUUUUCUGUUAAAGAUGCUGUAUAUUCUCAUCUCAAAUUACAUUUUAAAAUAAUUGACUUUGUAUUUUAGAUUUAUGGAAAAAUUGCAGAGUUAAUAGAGAACUUCAUUUAUCCUUGUAUCUAAUUUCUCUAUUAAUAUCUUAAAUUAUUAUAGCAUAUUUGCCACAAUUAAUGAGCCAGUAUUAAUAGUCUGCUCCUUUCAGAUUUUCAUGGUUUUACCCUAUUGGUAAUGUCUGUUUUCUGUUCCCAGGAUACCGCAUUACGUAUAGUUGUCCUCUCUUUUUAUUUGAUCUUGGCAAUGGCAGUUUAUUAGACUUUACUGACCUUGACAGUUCUGAGGACUGUUGGUAAGACGAAUUAUCUAGUGCGCUUCUCAUGGAGCUUGUCUCAUAUGUUGCUCCUAAAUUAAAUUUCUCACAAAUGCAUUUUGGGAAGAAGAGUACAACAGUAAACUGCUGUUUUCCUCAUAUGCUGUCAGGGGUGUGUGCUGCUGACAUGUUUAUGAAUGGUACUGUUGACUUUGAUGGCCUGGCAGAGGUAAUGGUUGUCAAGGGUUUUUUUUAUUAUAAACUACUAUCACCCUCCUCUCCACACCAUGGUCUCUGGAAUGAAGUCACUAUGAGUAGCCUGCGUAUGUCCUCUAUGCAGAGGAGUAUCUAAGUCCAGUAUGUGGGAUUAUGUGGGCAGCGUGUCUCCCUCAAAGUUGCUGAUGGGUUCCGGAGUUCAUCUGAGAAGGAAUCGUGUCCUGAUUGCUUGCUAGACUGCAGGAACAGUCAGGAAAAAGCUAAGUGAUGUUAUAGUUAAGUUUUUAUUUCUACCUUUAUUCAUCUAUUCUGGACAUCCUAAUCAAUAUUUUUUAAAAUACAUCUUUUAGGAAAAGUGUUUAAGAAACCAUUGAAGAAUCCCAGUAACAUUAUACUCUAUAUUGAUGGAAUAUAAUUUCUCCUAGAAGAUUUGUCUGAAACAGUGCUGAAAAAUAUUUGUUCAGGUCAUUUUUAAAGAAAAUGACAAAGUGUUUUUAAAUCUACAUUCCAUGAUCUAAGUUAAUAUGUUGUAUUUGGGAUAUUCAUUUAUAAUUAUACAGGAAGAUAAAUCUAGUUUUUAUUUUAUGGUAAAUUCUAUAUGUAAAGAAAAUAUUAUGUAAACCUUUUUUAAAACACAAAAGUAAGUUCAAAUUCCAGUCAUAUUUUGCCUUUAUCCUCAUUAUGAAUUCCAUUAUUCAUCAGCUGAAAUACAUAAUAGUGCAUCUAUGACAGCAUCUUAAGUAAAAGGAUACCCUGUGGUCAAUCUGAUUGACAAAUAGUCCUUGAUUUAUGAAAAGAAUUCAAAAUAAUAUUUAGCAUCAAUUUUGAAAUGAAGCU